CCGCUCCGCACCCAUCUCCGAGCAUCCGCCGCCCAGCAUCCCCUACUACGCCGCAACGGCGCGCCAGCAUCCCCCCCCCACCCCCUCGUGAAACAUCCGCCGCUCGACACCCAAUACUUCGCCCGCCCCAUGGACGUCCCUCCAUGGCAGCUCGCGGGCGCCGUCCACGAUGUUCUCGACUCCAAAAAUGUCCUCGCGAGCGAGUACAAGGAGCAGCAUGGCGUUGCGCUGCGCGGCCUAUACAGACUGUUGAAGCGUAAGCGCGCCGGCGAGUACAUGGAUGUGAGCAUGGGUGUUGAGGAGCUCGAGCCUCCCGACGACUACGAGGCGUGGAAGACCGAGCACGCUAUCGACGCUGCGGGUGUCGCGGGUGUAGUGAUACCACCGAUCCCCCCUCCUUCUCCCCCGCGUGGCACGAUCGACUUCCCCGACGCGCCAUCAGUCCCCGCAUCCAUCCCCCCUGCCCCGGAGCUGCGGCGCAGCUCAAGACCGUCGUCUCGCGCAGCAAGCCGACACGGAACCCCGGCUGCUCCGCGACCGGUCGAGCCGCGCGCGACAAUCGCAUUGGAUGAGAUCCUUCCCCGCCGCGCCGUUAGUUUAGGCGCAUUCGGCAGCGAGAUUGAGGUUCCCCCAUGGGAGCCGCAGGACAACUACAAUCCUGCUAUUGAGCCAGGACCGAGCGAGGCGCACAAAGUUCUUAUGCCACUAGAGAACGACUACUCGGCGCACCUUUCCAAACUCCCACCUGUUCCACACUCCCGCCGCCGCGGGAGCAAGAAUGAGGGACGACCCGACACGUACAAGCUUAGUGUCAUGUUCGGACUCAAUCCUCUGUCUGGCGGAUUGUCACGCUCGCACAAGGUCGUAUUGACGGCUGACUGGCGCGUCGCUCAGGCUGAGAUGCGCCACAUGCGAGUCAUGGAGCGGAUCGAGGCCAAGAAGGCGGCUGGGCGCUGGAGUCUGCGCCAACCCAAGAAGCACCGCGGACCACCAGUACCGAAGGGUCACUGGGACUUUCUUCUCGACGAGAUGGAAUGGAUGCAGGUCGACUUCAGCGAGGAGCGGCGAUGGAAGCGCGUCGUGGCGCGCGAGUUCGCAUACCAGGCCGUCGAGUGGCACCUCAGCUCCCCAGCAGAAAAAGCUGAGCUCAUGGUCGGCGGCCGCGGGUGGGGAUCGAGUAAGGACGUUGCAGUGCCCGGGCGAACGGAGGCCGAUAAGAGCGCUGAGGACGACGUCGAGCUCUUAGUUGGCGCAGAAGCAGAGGACGCCGAGAUGGCCGAAGCGGAGGCUGAGGAAAGCGCACAUGCACGAGGCGAUCCGACUGGGACUGAGGUGCUCGAUGAGAUUCUGGACCGGCCAGAAGACAAACCGCCGGAAGACGUCAAGGUGGAGGAUGUUGACGCAGCGGCUGCGGACGCCGACGGGGAAGAUGCGGAUGGGGAAGACGCCGAUGGUGAGGAUGCGGACGGAGAAGCAGACGCCGAUGGCGAGGAGGAGGAUGAUGCCGACGCCGGCCUUGGCCUCGAGGACAUUGAGAAGGCCGAGAAGGAGGGCGAGGCCAAGCCCGAGGAGAAGAAGGAGCCCAGCCCCGAGGCCAUCGUGCUCCCUAACGGUCUCCUGUUGUCCAAGCGCUUCAAGGAUGUCGAGGAGCUCGCACGCGUGCGGCAACCCUUGCUUUACAUGCCCGCCGAGGCGCCCACAGCAGACCUUUCUUCGCUUCCGAUUCCCUCCAAAGAGAAUAAACACACAGACGACAAGGAUAAGGACCCUUCGCCACCGUCGGAUGAUCCCCCACCAUCCCUUCUGGAGCUCUUCCCGGACCUGGGCGUCUUUGCCGGCCCAACACCUCCCGACGGCAUCAAGGUGCACAGACGAAUGGACGAGGGCCAGACUAGCGGCAGUCGCCUGGCGCAUACCUCGCGCAUACUCGAUAUCCGUCCCGUGUUUGUCUCUCACCUCCAGCCCGCCCGAUCGCAUUUUGACGCCGACGACGUCUGGGAUAUCCGCGAUGGGCCAUGGUACGAGGACCCCAAGGGCAGUACGGACAUUGCGCCCGAGGUCGCUGCGUGCAACGCGACGUUCUUCGCCGGCCGCAACAUGCGUCCUUUCCUGCACCACAACCCGCAGGCCAAGCCCGACGGCACUCGGCCUGAUCCCAUAUGGUCGCCGGAGGAGGACAAGAUCCUGCAGAAGCUCGUAUCACAAUACGCUUUCAACUGGCAGCUGGUGGCGGACGCGUUCAACACCGAGAAGGACACGAUCCCGUCCGACAAACGCACCGCAUACGACUGCUACGAGCAUUGGAAUCAGACUUGGGGCCCAGGCAAGAACAAGAGCAACGCAGAGACGCCAGCUGCAAACACGCCGACGCCUGCGCCUACCAAAGCUGCUGGCACGCCAGGUACGCCUGUUGCGAAUGGCGCGCCCGCCCAGCCAGGCCAGCCGAUGGAGCCGCCACCCCCGCCCGGCCUGUCUAAGCGUGAGGCGCGUGCAGCCAAGGCAGCACGCUAUGAGGGCACAACCAAGAAGGCAGUGCGGCAUCAGGCGCUGUACGACGCAAUGCGUCGGCUUUCUCGUCGGCGCGACAACAAGAUUAAGGAGUCGGUUAAGGACCAGGAGCCGCGCGAGAUCAACGUCCACGAGUCGCACGGCAUGGUGCCGUAUCCCAACGGGCAGCCGCCGACGCCAUUUGAGCUUGUCGAGGCCAAAUUCCAGCGCGACUUGCGCAUGCAGGAGGCGCAGCAGCAGCGCCGCCUUCUCCAGGAGCAGCAGCGACAGCAACAUGCCGCGCAGAUGCGGGCACAACAACAGCAGAUGAUGGCCGGUGCGAACGCACAGCAGGCGCGCCCGCCGCCCGUCCGCCCUCCAGUCCCUCCCAAUGGGAACAUGGCGCAGGCGCAGCUGCUCAAUGCCGUUGCAGCGGCCUCGGCCGUCAACGGGAGACAGCAACAGCUGGUGAACGGGCAGCCUGCGGCGCAAGCCAGUCCUGUGCCGAAUGGGGCCAGACCACCACAGGUGCAGAUGACACAGGCGCAACUGCAGAUGCUGCAACAGCAACGCGCAGCGCAGCAAGCCCAGGCGCAAGCUCAGGCUGCAGCGCAAGCCCAGGCAGCCCAGCAGGUGCGGCAGCAAGCGGCCCACAUGGGUACACCGCAGAGCCAGCCCGGCGCUCUCGCUUCGCCAUAUGCCAGUGCAGGCGAGGUUCCGAACGGCGACACGCAUACAUCUCCGCCCAUGCAUCCGGCAGUGCAAGCCAGUCCGCAACAGCAAGUCGCGCAGGCGGCGACCCAGGCUCAGGCGCAGGCUGCUGCUCAGGCGCAGGCGCAAGCCCAGGCUGCCGCGCAGGUGCAAGCGGCUGCUCAAGCGCAAGCGCAAGCUGCCGCGCAAGCACAAGCGCAGGCGCAGCACGCGCAAGCACAAGCCCAUGCACAAGCCGUCGCGCAAGCGCAAGCGCAAGCAGCUCAGGCGCAAGCGAUGCAGGCGCAGCAGAUGGGCCGCAUCCCCUCUGUGCCGAUGCACUUCGCCGCGCGCCCGCCGCUCACGCCGCAGCAGCAGGCAAACCUGCAGGCGAUAGUGAACACGUUGCAGGCGAACGGGACGAAUGUCACGCCCGAAACGGUGCGCACGCUGCAGAUCCAGAUGCUCCGGCAGCAGCAAGCGCAGGCGCAGCAGCAGGCGGUCGCGCAAGCGCAGGCCCAGCAACAGGCCGUCGCGCAGGCACAGGCGCAGGCGGCCGCCCAGGCCCAGCUGGGGCUCGGCGUGCCCGGCACGCCGGGGAUGCAGACGCCGGGCCUCGCGACGCCGCAGAUGGGCCUGCAGAACCUGCAGGCGCAGUUCGUGCGCUCGCCCAGCGUACACUCGCAGGGUGUGCGGAGCAGCCCCAAGCCGCCCAGCCAGUCGUAGAAGCGAGUUAUAUCAUAGUCAUGUCCGUAUUGUUAGUGUAUGUAUGUCUGCUGUGGAGGG